GUAACACUGGGGUACAGUACAUGUGGGGCCGGUUCUGUCCCUGUGCUGUCUGACGGCCUCGCUCUCUCCAUCCCUGUCUCAGACCCUCGGAUGCUGACUGCUAUGAUGAAGGGGAAUCUCACCAACGUGCUUCCCAUGAUCCUGAUCGGGGGCUGGAUAAACUGGGCCUUUUCUGGAUUUGUCACCACCAAGAUCCCGUUCCCUCUGACGCUGCAGUUCAAGCCCAUGUUGCAGAGAGGAAUCGAACUGGUCUCCCUCGACGCUGCCUGGGUCAGCUCUGCUUCCUGGUAUUUCCUGAACGUCUUUGGGCUGCGCAGUCUGUACUCCCUGCUGCUGGGCCAGGACAACGCUGCCGAUCACUCUCGUUCCCUCCCCCACCAGAUAACGGGCAGUGCCAGGUCUGCACCACCUGAUACCAACAGAGCUUUCAAGGCUGAGUGGGAGGCUUUAGAGAUUGUGGAUCACAAGUGGGCCCUGGACGGUGUAGAGGAUGAACUGAUGGCCAGGGAUUUGAACUUUGAAGAAUUUUACAGCUCAGACUGCCCUCGGAACACGUUCUGAGCGCUGUCUCGCACUCGCUACAGCUCCCACAUCCUGAUCACUCAUUUCAAUCAGGCGAGCCUUACACUUCAAUAAAGAUCCAUGUGUCAUCUGCAA